CACACUUUGAAAUCUGUUGAAACAUCUCCAAAUCCUCUAAAGUCUCCAACACAGUGAAACGACAGCGUUUGGGGUAUAAGCCAAGAACCGUAAUCACCGUACACCACUAACCUUUUUGCACGGUCUCUCUACUCUCCUCAACUUCAAAAACUCCUCCCUUUGUGAUUCCUUCAUCACAAGAAGAGAAAACCUCUUCUGCAUUGCUCCUCCAUCUCCGAUUUGUUCCCGGGAAAAUUGAGACUCUUCAUUUUCCGAGGAAAGGAAAGUAAAUUAGUUAACUGUACUUGUAGGAUCUGUGGACCUUUCUAAUCCCUUUCGAAAACCCUCGCCUUCGCGGAUUUGGGGACGGACUUUUUUUCUCCGGCGAGCUUGAUUAAUGACUACUAGUUGAUUCUGGACUUUUGAGAUUGUUUUCUAAUGGAGAGAUCUAGAUCGAAGAGGAACUAUCACUAUGACCAGGACUAUGAUGGAGAUUCCAUGGCCAGGUCUAAACCUCGCUACAACAACAAUAACUACCACUUUGGCGGCGGAGCAGGAGGAGGAAAUAUUAGAUACCGUGGCGGCGGCGGUGGAAACGGCCGGCCAUCGAAGUCCCACCCGGAAACAAUGGCGACGACGACCUAUCGAGUCCUCUGCCACGACGCCAAAGCAGGCGGAGUCAUCGGUAAAUCAGGGUCAAUCAUCAAGUCGAUACGACAGCACACCGGCGCGUGGAUCAACGUUCACGAGCUAGUUCCCGGAGACACAGAGCGUAUCAUCGAGAUUUCCGAUAACCGCCGCCGUGAUCCUGACGGGAGAAUGCCGUCCUUCUCCCCUGCUCAGGAGGCUUUGUUCAGUGUUCACGACAGGAUUUUGGAGAGCGAGGCUCAGUUUGGGUACGGUGUAGCUCCGCCGCCGGAGGAGGAGGAGGAUUACGGCGGAGUUAGACCCGGAGGAGGGAGAGUGGUGACGAGGCUAGUGGUUUCGAGGAUACAUGUGGGUUGCUUGUUGGGUAAAGGUGGGAAGAUUAUCGAGCAGAUGAGGAUCGAAACUAAGACUCACAUUCGGAUUUUGCCAAGAGAAAGCAACUUACCUCGUUGUGUUUCCCUCUCUGAAGAGAUUGUUCAGAUCGUAGGUGAACCUGAAGCAGUGAAGAACGCUUUAGCCAUUGUAUCAUCGCGUCUAAGAGAGAGUCAACAUCGUGAUCGAAGUCAUUUCCAAGGCCGUAUACAUUCACCGGAACGGCCUUUCCCACCUGCUGAUGAUUACAUUCCGCAGCAAAGAAGACAACCAACAGAGAGGUUUCAUCAUGGCGGCGGCAAUUACAGGAACAACAGUUUCAACUCUCGUCAAUCCGACUACGCAGCAGAAGCUCCAUCGGUUCCAGCUGGUGACAAUGCGCAGCCUUUCUACGCGGAAGAGCUUGUGUUCCGGAUGCUAUGUCCCGUCGACAAGAUUGUUCGUGUUGUUGGAGAACCGCAAGGGAUAGUAGAUUUGCUUCAGAACGAGAUUGGCGUGGACAUGAGCGUAUCUGAACCUGUUGCUGGAUCUGAUGAACAGAUAAUAACCAUUUCUUCUGAAGAGGCACCUGAGGACCAGCUUUUCCCUGCGCAAGAAGCUUUGUUGCACAUUCAGACUCGGAUCGUGGACCUUAUCCCUGAUAAAGACAACCUUAUAACAACGAGACUGCUUGUCUCAUCUAGAGACUCAGUAUGUUUGGAAGGGAAAGCUGGAUCUGUAUCUGAGAUAUCACGUUUGACGGGAGCAAACGUGGAGAUCCUCUCUAGGGAAGAGAUUCCCCGAUGUGUAUCCGUCAAUGAUGUUGUUGUACAGAUUGCUGGAGAGAUCAGAGCAGCUCGUGAUGCACUUGUUGAACUAACCUUACGAUUGAGGGGUUAUCUGUCCAAGGAGCUCUCUCAAAAGGAGACACCACCUGCUUCCACAUCCACAACUGGCCCGCUUGAAGGUGUUGCAGGAGUGAUAGAGGUAGCUUCGUCAAACAACACAACUCAAUCCCGUGAUGGUCUUACUGGUUCCAAUCUGAACUUGCAGCAGUUUAAGGAAGGAUCAUUUGCGAAGGCGGCUGAAAGUGAACACCGGGACGAGGCUCCCGUCACGACAAGCAGGAUGUCGGUGCCACUUGUUACUAGAAGCACUCUUGAAGUUGUCUUACCGGACCAGGCUGUUCAUAAGCUUAUUACGAAAUCAAGAAACAAGCUUGCACAUAUCAGUGAGUGGUCUGGAGCUAGCGUAACCUUAGUUGAAGACCGACCGGAAGAAACACAGAACAUCAUUCGAAUUUCGGGUACACCAGAGCAGGCGGAGAGAGCACAGAGCUUGCUUCAGGGCUUCAUCUUGAGCAUACAAGAGGAUGGACCCUGAAGAUGGACCUGAUCAUCGGUUAAGACAGGGAUGAGAUCAAAGAAACUGAGAAAUGUGGAGUUUGUAUGAAUCUGCUGAGUAUUAGGAUUUCAAUGGAAGCGUGAGCAUUAACGGGUUGAGGUUUGUAGAUGAACAUUUUGAACUUCUCUUUGGUUUCUAUGUUGUCUAUUAGCCUCUUUUCCAUUGUUUUGUAACCUAUAAAAGUUAUAAAAAAUUUAGUCUCAAUUACUUAUUAAAGACUAAAUUUUCUUUUUCUUUUUGCAUUCAUCUUCA